AUGGCACCUUCGAUGAACACUCUCAUGGCAUCGGCCAAUCCAUGCCCAAGCCCUCAGAUCCCACCGAUCAGGUUUGAUCUCGAAGACCUCCCAGACCCAAACUUCCGAAUCAAGGAUGCCCCCGAGCAGCGGUGCCGAGCUGAGCGCGCUCUACAUGCAUACUGGGCGCAGGCUGCGAAUAUGACCAAGGCCGACCAAGAAAUCUACAUUCAACUGCUGAAGAACUGUUCUUUCGUUGUCCAGGUGGAUGCCAUCGACGAUCCCAGAGAGCAUCCGCUGUACAAGGACUUGGCAACCAACCCCUCUUGGCCCAAGUACGUGAUGCUGAAGGCCAUCUACGGCCCAGAGAUCCUCAGCCAGAAACUCAUGGUCGAGCUUGAGAUAGAUCUUGAACCUAUCUUUGGUUCUCUCGAUAUCAAAGACCUCACCUCGACAUACCUUCAGGGGCACGUCGCAAAACGCAAGCGAGAGGAGGAAUCCGAGACUGAAGACAAUGAAGAGAUUCCCAGCCGCAUUGUCAAGAAGCAAUCACCGGAAAUCAUGCCUUCCGAGCAGACUCCCGUCACUACGACUCAAACUCAGCCCUCUCGGUCCAGUGCUCAGAACAUCGCGACUCCCACUCUCAGCCCCACAGUCUCUCCAUCCUCCUCCAGAGCGGCACGUCGCAUCACUAUGGGAGAAGCUCUCAGCAAUCAGGAUGCACUUCUCAAAAGGCGAUGCGAUGCGCUCGAAGCUUCCGUGGCAGAUCUUCGGCGAAAGGUCGACGCGAGUCACAUGAAUGUGAUCGUGCUACUAACUACUAUCUUGGAGAGAGUUGGACGAUUGGACGAAGGAAUCGAUGCCAUUAGACGCGAACUAGGUUUGUGA